AUGAAUCUUUUGCGUCGUCCUCUUCGUCCUCGUCUUCGUCCAUUAUUACUUAGUGACAUAACAAUAGAUGGACAAAGUGAACCUUUAUCACCACUUUCAUCAGUAUCAAGUUCAACAAGUAAUUCAGCCUCAUCAUCACGGCCAUCAAGUCAUACUCGAUCACCACGUUUUUUACCACCAUUAGCUGAAGAAGAUAGUCAUCAUGUUAGUCUUGUUACACCAUUUCAAAGUGAACAACCAACACUAGUUGAUCAUUUAACUGUUGCGAUGAAUGAUGAUGAACAAAAAGGCGACGACAAUGAUGACGAUGAUGAUGAUGAUGAUGAUGUUGAAAAAAAAAGAAUUUCACGACUAAAAAGAUCUAAAAAAUUAUUAACACCACUUAAACCACGUGAAUAUUCACAAUUUAGUGCCUUACAUCAUGCAGUAACAACAUCAAAACCACGAACACUUAAUCGAACACCAAAAUUUAAAGGACCACCAGCUUUACCAGCUAGACGAACACGUUCAUUUCAUGAUAUUAAAUCACGUUAUACACAAAUAACAGAUGAUGAUGCUUAUACUCUUGUUAAUCAAUUUACAUUUAAUGAUUUUAUUCUUCAUUCAUCAAUAUCAAAAGCACAUCCAUAUGAAGAAUGUGCAUUAGAAAAAGCUAUUUUAUCAAAAUAUACUUAUAAACAAAUAUGUGAAAUGAUUGCUGAACGUGUUUGUGCCGAACGUGGUGAAAGUGGAAAAAUUCAUGUACAAACACUUGUACCUAAUAUUGAACCAUUUCAAAAUCGAGUACCAAUGCAUCAAAUUGUAACUGAAAUGGCUCUUGUUCUUCGACAACAUAUGUCGCAUAUACUUGGCUCACAACUUAAAAUGAAUAUAAGAGCAUUACCAAGUUGGCGUCAAAAAGAAGGUGCUCAUACAGAAAUUCUUCUUUAUGAAAUCGAAAAUAGAGAAGAAUCACAAAAUGAUGAAAAAAAUUUAUCAAAAGAAAAUAAUUCACUUAAUGUCAAACGUGAUACAGGCGCUGAAAUUGCUGUUCUUGAUAGUUUAAUAAAAAAUGGAACUCAUUUAGAUUUACGAGCUCUUACACUUGAAUAUUUACCGGAUAUUUCACUUAUGUUUACGACAUUACUUGCCGUUGAUCUAUCGUAUAAUUGUUUACGUACUGUACCAAAAGAAUUAUUCGAAUGUACGAAACUUGAGCAUCUUUAUUUACGUCAUAAUCCAAUCUCAUCAAUAUCAUUAGGAAUGAAUAAUCUCAAAACACUUGUUUUUCUUGAUAUGUCAUUUUGUGAAUUGUAUGGUUCACUACCUGAUAGUUUAUUUGGUUUAAUUAAUCUUCGUCAUUUGGAUGUAUCAUAUAAUUGUUUAACAAAUAUUCCAAGUGGAAUAUCAAGUUUAAAGUAUGUAUCGAAUGGCUUAUAA